ACCCGGCCGCAUGGGCACGGGCCUCGCGAUGGAGCGCCGCGGAGGACUGGGGCUAAAGGCGAGCGGCGCCUUCCUCGGCAUGGAGGCAGCGGAGUGGAAGAGCCCCCGCUCGUGCCCCCGUCCGGCUGCCCAUGCCCCCCCCGCGCCCCCAGCCCCGCUGCCUGGCCGAUUUCUUCUCCUACGAGACCACCAAGUCGGUGGUGGUGAAGAGCUGGGUGGUGGGCGUCGUCAACCGGGUCGUGCAGCUCCUCAUCCUCUCCUACUUCAUCGGCUGGGUGUUCCUGCAUGAGAAGGCCUACCAGGUGCGGGACACUGUCAUCGAGUCCUCGGUGGUGACCAAAGUGAAGGGCAUCGGGAAGUAUGGCAACCGCGUCCUGGACACAGCUGACUACGUCACCCCCCCACAGGGCACCUCGGUGUUUGUGGUGGUCACCAAGCAGAUCCUGACGGAGAAUCAGGAGCAGGGCAUCUGCCCGGAGAGUGAAGCCACAUACCAGUGUGCAUCCAACCGUGACUGUCAGGGAAAGGGCCGCACCACAGGCAGCGGGGUGCUGACGGGACGCUGCGUCCCCUACAACGUGACCCUGCGCACCUGUGAGAUCCGGGGCUGGUGCCCACCCGAGGUGGACACCGUCGAUGUCCCCGUGAUGCUGGAGGCUGAAAACUUCACCCUCUUCAUCAAGAACAGCAUCCGCUUCCCGCUGUUUGGCUUCGAGAAGGCCAACCUGCCCCCCCAGGUCAGUGCAGGAGAGCUGCAGCGCUGCCGCUUCCAUCCCGAGCAGCAGCCGCUGUGCCCCAUCCUGCGGCUGGGCGACGUGGCACGCUUUGCUGGGCAGGACUUCGCCACGCUGGCUGCCACCGGUGGGGUGCUGGGCAUCAAGAUCGGCUGGGUAUGCGACCUGGACCGCUCCUGGGAGCUGUGCCUGCCCCGCUACUCCUUCACCCGCCUGGACAGUGUCACCCAGCACAGCCCCGGCUCCCCUGGCUACAACUUCAGGCACGCACGGUACUAUCGUGGGCACAACGGCACCGAGCUGCGCACCCUCACCAAGGCCUUCGGCAUCCGCUUUGACGUGUUGGUGUAUGGCAACGCUGGGAAAUUCGGCAUUGUGCCCACCCUCAUCAACACGGUAGCUGCCUUCACCUCCAUCGGCGUGGGCACGGUGCUGUGCGAUAUCAUCCUGCUCAACUUCCUGAAGGGCGCCGAGCACUACAAGGCCCGCAAGUUUGAGGAGGUGCCAGAGGCCACUGUGCCCCCAGCCCCUGCCAGCCCCACAGGCUGUGUGCCAGGAGCCCUGGGGGACCAGAGCCGGGAGAAGCAAUCCACUGAUUCGGGCACCUUCUCCCUGGGCCUCUAGCUCUGGGUGCCAUGGGGCAGGCCCUGUCUGUAUUUGGCCCCAUGAUCUCUCCUCUCCAGAGCCCCUCCAGUCCUACUCAUUACCCACACUGUCACUUGGACAGGGCAGGGGGGGCUU